GUAGGAGUCUAUUUACUGGGAAGGUACGGGCAGAAGAAAAUCAGAGAAAUCCAAGAACGAGAGGCAGCUGAAUACAUCGCCCAAGCACGAAGGCAGUAUCAUUUUGAAAGCAAUCAGAGGACGUGCAAUAUGACAGUGCUGUCAAUGCUUCCAACUUUGAGGGAUGCCUUAAUGCAUCAAUUAAAUUCUGAGAGUCUCACAUCCCUUCUUAAAAAUAGGCCAGCAAACAAGUUAGAAAUAUGGGAGGAUUUAAAGAUAAUAAGUUUCACAAGAAGCAUUGUAGCUGUAUAUAGUACCUGUAUGCUAGUAGUUCUUUUGCGAGUCCAGUUAAAUAUUAUUGGUGGUUACAUCUACCUAGAUAACGCUGCACUCUGCAAAAACGGCACAACACCACUGGCUCCCCCUGAAGUUCAGCAGCAAUAUUUAUCAAGUAUUCAGCACCUUUUAGGAGAUGGACUGACCGAGUUAAUAACUAUUGUUAAACAAGCUGUGCAUAAAGUUUUUGGAAGUAUUUCCCUUAAGCACACCCUAUCUCUUCUGGAGCUGGAACAGAAACUUAAAGAUAUCAGGAAGGUAGUGGAACAUAAAGAUUCAGAUCAGACUGCAUCUUAUUCUCCCUUAUGUCAUUAUCUGAUGCCAGAUGAAGAAAACCCCCUGGCUACCCAGGCCUGUGGACUCACAGAAAGAGAUAUCGCUACAAUCAAAUUACUUAAUGAAACUAGAGAUAUGCUAGAAAGUCCAGACUUCAGUACAGUUUUGAGCAUGUGUUUAAAUAGAGGAUUUAGUCGACUGCUGGACAAUAUGGCAGAGUUCUUUAGACCUACUGAACAGGACCUCUCUCAGAAUGGCUCUGUAAAUAGUCUUUCCAGUGUCAGUCUUCCUUUAGCCAAGAUAAUACCAAUAAUAAAUGGACAGAUUCAUUCAGUAUGCAGUGAAACACCCAGUCACUUUGUUCAGGACCUGUUGAUGAUGGAACAAGUGAAAGAUUUUGCUGCUAAUGUUUAUGAAGCUUUUAGUACUCCUCAGCAACUAGAGAAAUGAACUGCACAUUUAUAGGAAUAGAUCGUGUAUUUAUAACAAAUCCCUUGUGACUACUGAUGAGACUUGGGUUAAUUUUAUAAUGGCGUAGGAGUGGUAGACCAGCAGAAAGAACAUUCUGAAAAAAAGUGGGAGUGAACCCAUAUCUGUUCUAAUAGAAUUCUGUUUCAAACAUCCAUUAAAAAUAUUCUUGUUGAAAGAAUCAUUGUAUGUAAAGACUUUUCUAUUAAAAAAGUGGUUAAACUCUUCCAUAAUUCAUUAUUUUUAUUGCAUCUGCAAGGCACCUGGUGGCAGUAUUAUAACAAGUUAUUUGCCUGGGGUGUGUAAGUUUUGGAAAAAACUAAGGAUAGUGAUCUAAGAAUAGCACAGAGUAGCAGAAUGAAGUAAGGCUUCUUUCUUCUCCUCUCAAAUUUUUCUUUUUAUGAAGGAAAACUUUUUUUCCUUAACUCUACAAAUGUUAUUCCAAAGAGUCUCUCAUUCUUCAGAAAGCCUUUGCCAACUGAUACAUGUUCCUUUUGAACAGGCUGAGGAGGGGCGCUCUCUCUGUUACUUAAUACUAAAGGAAUGUGGAUUUUUAGAAGUUCUCUUGUUUAUGCUGUUCAAACAGCUACACUGUACACAUUA